AUGUGGGGCCACACCUGCUACCUCUCCAAGCUGCCUCCCGAGCUUCACCCCGCGGCUGUGGGACUGGAGACGCCCUUAGCCCUGCUGGACGAAAGAGUGGCCGUCCUGUGCGCCGACCCACGGUACCUCAUCAUGAAGCAGCAAUACAUGCUGCCAGUUCUGAAGGCAAUUCUCGCUGGUGAGAAGCCGGAACUCACCUUUGAGUCUAACGACAGGAGCUUCCUGCCUUCGGCUGCGCAGCAUUCCGAGGAUCUGCAGAACAUGGUUGCGUGGGCGAAGUUGGAAUAUCGGCGCCCGCAGCAGGUGAAGCUGUUCUUCAUGGAGGACUUCGUACUGGAGCCAGAGACGGCCUUCCGGGGGCUCGCGAAGUUUUUGGGUUUGCCCCUCUCCAGCGACGUACUGCCCGCGCUGCUUCAGCGCAUGCCCCAGCUGGAAAUGCGUGGGCUCUUUGGGCCUGGAGGCAACGAGCGGCAGCAUAUGGAGGAGCAGGCGAAACAGUUCGAGGUGGCCCUGGCGGGAUUCUCCAAUGACCUGCAGGCGGGUUGGCAAGACCAGGUGCAGCAACUGCUGCAUUCGCCCAACCCCCGGCUCUCUGUGAUGGGCCGCCUGCUGUUGGACCAUCAGCGAUGGGACCUGCCCAGGUGGUGGGUCGCUCACUCGGCGCAGCUCUGCCGGCCCUGUACCUUCGCCCCACGCGGCCUCUGCCGGAACGCGGCGCUGUGCAGCUUUUGCCACGCCGACGAGCAUGGCACCAAGGCGGCCAACCGGCCGAGCAAGAAGGAGCGGGCGCGGCGCGAUCGGAGGCGGCAGGCCAUGGCACGAACUCCGUCGCCCCAGGGCCUGUCCAGCUGA